GUAUGCUGCCGUUCGUACACAAAAACCCGGUUGCCUGAUAAAUAAAGUCACUAAGUCUCCUCGUUCCCGCGUACGCAUGUACAAGGAUUUCCCAUGUACAAUUUGCUAACAAGAAUUGCCCAUUUUGCUAACUCACAGUCAUAUCUGUCUUAAUGACAAGUCCUGUGCAGGAGGAGCAUAUUUGAAGAGCAGAGUCUCGGUGAAGAAGAAGAAGAAUAAAGAUAGGCAUGGCGGCUCAAUCGUUUAAGCUUUAUCGUCUGAAUACCUUCUCAAACCCUCAUCUUAGGUCAUUGUUAUCCCCAAAAUCAAGGAAUGGAAUUGCUUGGAGAAGGAUGCUCAACUCUUACUCGUCUUCUGUUGGUUCAGAAAUAGAACUUGAUGUGGGCCACAACCAUCCUGACUUUGAAUAUGAUGAGAUCAUAAGCAAUAAUAAUGCUAAAGUCUUAGCGAAAGAUACUGCAUUACGCUCAGCUCUCUCACAUCUUGCAUGCGACAAUGGGACAGAGUCAAUGUUAUCAUUACAUCGUUUCUUUGGUGCUCGUUGUGCACAUGUCAUAUCAACCGGAUCAAUUAAUCUUGAUCAAGCUCUAGGCAUUGGAGGAUUACCAAAGGGUCGAAUUGUUGAAAUAUAUGGCCAAGAAGCAUCAGGCAAGACAACUCUUGCACUUCAUGUGAUCAAAGAGGCUCAAAAACUUGGAGGUUAUUGUGCAUACCUUGAUGUUGAGAAUGCAAUGGACCCCUUGCUUGCAGAAGCAAUAGGUGUAAACACAAGUAAUCUCCUUAUAUCCCAGCCGGAUUCUGCUGAAAACCUGCUGAGUGUAGUGGAUACUCUUACUAAGUGUGCAUCCGUAGACGUUAUUGUUGUUGAUAGUGUCGCUGCUCUUAUUCCCCAACUUGAAAUUGACGCUUGUAUUGGUGACUCCUUCAAAGAUGUACAAUCUAAAAUUAUGACAAGAGCACUACGUAAAAUCCAUUAUUCACUCUGCAAUUCAAGUGCUCUUAUUAUUUUUAUUAACCAGGUGAGAUCAAAAGUGCAGCAACCAUCUAAAAGUUUUGGAUGUGCAGAGGAAGUAACAUGUGGCGGAAAUGCGUUGCCAUUUUACGCUGCUGUGCGGUUGAGAUUGAUUAGAAAAGAAUUGCUAAAGGCUAAUGACACGAUUACUGGCCUUGGGAUCUCGGUGCAAGUGGUGAAGAAUAAACUGGCUCAUGGGGCAAAUUCAAAUGCUGAACUGAGACUGAAGUUUGGGAGAGGCAUUUGCAAUGAAAUUGAGGCAUUGGAGUUGGGGUGUGAACAUGGAGUCAUUUUGCAAGAAGGGAAUGGGUAUUUCAUAGAGGGGGAGGUUUUAAACAGCAAAGAAGAAGCAGAAGCCUAUUUGGCCGAAAAUGGUGCGGUUCUAGAUAGUGUUAUCAAAUCCUUGAGAGCACAUUUGUUCAGGAGAAGAGGGGGGUCAUUGUGACAAAGACCAAAAUAACCUUUUAACAUAUCAAACAGAACCAUCAUAUUCAGAAGCUAUGUCUUUUUGGGUAGGGCCGGUGAAUCAGGGCAUUCGAGUGCUGGAAGAUCGUUGACUGGGACAUCAAAUGUCAUUUGCCAGUAGGAAAGAAUGGGAUAGCAAAGCAGUCUCAUCAUAUGUUAUUAUUAUCAGAGUAUUAUUAUUAUUACUGCUAUUAUUACUAGUAUUAUUGUUAUUAUUAUUAGUUUUUUUGGCAUUAGAAUCCAGCUUCAUUUCACCAUUUUCUUUCCGGUUUUGUCCUUCAAAUCAACAAGAUUCCAUUUAGACCAUUUGCUUCCUGAAGUCUUAAAAACUGUAGUGAGAUUGGCCGAUUUUGUCCUUGAAAUCAACAAGUUUCCAUU